CUUCAGCUGCUUCACCGCCCCCACUUGGUGCUAUUCUCCUUUCCAUUUUUCACGGAGAACACAUUUUCCUCUGCUUUCAACUACAAGCACUACCACACUUCUCUUUCUCUUCUCUCUCUCUCUCUCUAUAUAUAAUGUAUGUAUGAUAUUAUAUACAUACAGUGGAAUAUAUAUAUGAUUUUUUAACGAAUCGUCUCUCUUCAUUUUGCAAAAAAACGAACGCUCAUGGAUUCGAUCCGCUUCGCCGAUUCUCAAAUGGUGGCCCCACUACCCGGCGCUGCUGUAUCAGCCGUUCAUCAUCAUCACCUACUGUGCACUCUCUCGUAUCGUAGCCCCCACCGACCAUGCCUUCCUCUCUCCCACUCCUCUUCUCUCCCUCGCCGUCGCCUCCAAUUCGGCGUUCAACCUCGCCGCCCACCCUCCGCCGUCGGUAUCACUAAUUCCUCGCCGUCAAGAGAUGGAACAUAUACGGUUGGUGAUUUUAUGACAAGAAAAGAAAAUUUACAAGUUGUGAAACCUAUGACAACUGUUGAUGAAGCACUGGAGACUCUUGUGGAGAAAAGAAUUACUGGGUUUCCUGUGAUAGAUGAUGACUGGAAAUUGGUUGGUGUUGUUUCGGAUUAUGACUUGCUAGCACUUGACUCAAUUUCAGGUGCAGUUGGUAGUCAAGCUGAUGCAAACUUAUUUCCCAACGUUGAUAGUUCUUGGAAAACAUUCAAUGAGAUCCAAAAACUGCUUAACAAAACCAAUGGCAAAGUUGUUGGCGAUUUGAUGACACCUGCUCCACUUGUUGUUCGUGAAACCACUAAUCUUGAAGAUGCUGUGAGGUUGUUGCUUGAAACAAAGUACCACCGACUUCCAGUUGUCGACAGUGAUGGCAAGCUGAUUGGAAUCAUUACAAGGGGAAAUGUUGUUAGAGCUGCCCUUAAGAUUAAACGUGCUAGUGAGAAGACCCCAUAAUUUCAAGAUUGAAAAAUUCAAUAUCUCCGAUGUAUUUGAAGUGAUGGUGUCUUCACAUUAUCAAAUUCACGCAUUUUGCAGUCCCAGGUAUUAUUUUGGUUCAACCAUAGCAUCAGGCAGGAGGCAUUUGAUUGUUGUCCAUGUAUUUUUCUUGACCGAUUAGAGCAUUUAGAGGUUAGUGAUCCAUUGAUCUCCCAAUGCUUAGUCUUCUUGUUAGAAAUUGCAUAUUUUAGUUUGUGCUUGUAAAUGUUGAGGCCCUUGAGGGGUAAUUAUCUUAUUUUGCGUGAAACUUCUGUAUUAUUUUCAGACUCUGGUCAGAACUGCACACUCCUGUAUUAAUUUACAUUAUUACGCAUAAUGAAAUGUAAAUCUUACAGUUUACUGGUAGUA